AUGACAUACUUUGAAGAACCACCAGGUGUAGAAGAAACGUUUGAACCUCAAUGGAAUAGGGGUGGUAGUUAUAGAAAACCAUAUACGUUAUAUAGGGCUACGUUUAUUCAUACCCCAACGUUUGAAACUGGGAUAGUUAUAAGUCCAAAUUGUUUGGUUGGGGUAAAUAGUGAAGGAACCAUUGAUUUUGUUCGAGAAGAGGCAUCACAACCUGCUGGUAUUGAUGGGAUAAGGUUAUUCAAGCAAGAAUAUACUGGUCCAGUACAGAAUUUGAAUCAUUUUAAGUAUGUUGAUUAUUCUAAAGAUUGUUAUAAGUUUAUUGUGCCGGGGUUUAUUGAUACUCAUAUCCAUGCAUCCCAAUAUCCAAAUAUUGGGAUUGGAUUAGGUUGCCCGUUAUUAGAUUGGUUGAACAAUUAUACUUUUAAAUUAGAAAAACGAUUUUCUGAUCCAAAAGAACAAAUGGAAUUAGCAAAAUUGGUAUAUACUAAAGUCAUUAAUAGGACUUUGAAAGCAGGAACAACAUGUGCUUCAUAUUUCACUACAAUUGAUACCAAAACAUCUAAACUUUUCGCGGAUUUGCUUUUGAAAUAUGGUCAACGGGGUUUUGUUGGGAAAGUUUGUAUGGAUCAUAAUGAGGAAUAUCCUGAAUAUCAAGAACCCAAAGAUAAAAGUCUUGAAGCAAUGAAGGAUUUGAUAGGGUAUUGUGAUGGUCUUACCAACGUUAAACCUAUUAUAACCCCUCGUUUUGCUCCGGUUUGUUCAAGUAGUUUAUUAAAGCAAUUAGGUCAAUUAGCUAAAGAUUGCAAAAUUCCAAUUCAAACCCAUAUAUCAGAAAAUAAAGACGAAAUCAAAUUGGUGGAAGGCUUAUUUCCUGAAUGUGACAAUUAUGCAUCGGUUUAUAAAGAUCAUGGAUUAUUAGGAUCCUCUACCAUAUUAGCCCAUGCAAUACACCUUUCGGAAAAAGAAUGUAAUGUAAUUAAAAAGGAAAAUUGUUCACUUAGUCAUUGUCCAACUUCAAACUCUUUUAUAAGUAGUGGUGAAGCUCCAAUUCAUAAAUAUUUAUAUGAAAAUAAAAUCAACGUUUCCUUAGGUACUGAUUUAUCUGGUGGAUACGAACAGUCCAUAUUAGGAGUAAUGAAACAUUCAAUAAUGGUGAGUCAUCAUUUGGCAAUGAAAACUGAAAAGUCAAAGGAUAAAUUAAGUAUCCAUGAUGUUUUUUAUAUGGCCACUCGUGCUGGGGCAAUUGCCGUUGGCUUAAAGGAUAAAUUGGGUAGUUUUGAAGCUGGUAAACAAUUUGAUGCUCAAUUAAUUGAUUUAGAUGCAAUAGGUGCCAAUACCGAUGUUUUCGAUUGGCAAAUCCCUAAAAAUAAUGAAAAGGAUAAAUGGUUAGAUCUUAUCAGUAAAUGGAUUUUUAGUGGUGAUGAUCGUAAUUGUGUUAAAGUUUGGGUCGAUGGUAAUUUAGUAGUGGAUAAAUUAAGACUGGGUUGGGUAUUAGUAUAA